GCGAUCCAUUAGAAAGAAAGAUAGAUCGGAAAAUGUCGCAGCAUAAGAGCUAUGUCUAUGAGGCGGAGCCAGCGAAGGAGGCGGUGAAUGGAAGACCGACGAUCGGACCUGUUUACCGUAGCGUUUUUGCCAAGGACGGUUUUCCUUUGCUUGUUGAUGGAAUGGAGAGCUGUUGGGACAUCUUUCGAGUUUCUGUGGAAAGAUUUCCCGAUAAUCCUAUGCUUGGUCGCCGUGAUGUAGUCAGUGGGAAGCCUGGUAAAUAUGUGUGGAUUACUUACAAGCAAGUCUACGAUAUAGUAAUAAAAAUUGGCAAUGCCAUACGCAGUUGUGAUGUUGGGCAAGCAGGACGAUGUGGUAUAUAUGGUGCGAACUGUAAAGAAUGGAUCAUAAGCAUGGAGGCAUGCAAUGCUCAUGGUAUCUACUGUGUUCCUUUGUAUGAUACUCUAGGUGCUGGGGCAGUGGAAUUUAUUAUAUGUCAUGCUGAGGUUACUCUUGCUUUUGUGGAAGAAAAAAAGAUUGAAGAGGUUCUGAAAACAUUUCCUAACUCAGCACAGUUCUUGAAGACAAUUGUCAGCUUCGGAAAAUAUAGCCCUGAACAAAAGGAAGAAGCAAAAAAGUUUGGUUUGGCCAUAUAUUCAUGGGAUGAAUUCCUGUCUCUGGGUGAUAAUAAACAUUUUGAGCUUCCUGUGAAAAAGAAAAGUGAUAUUUGCACAAUAAUGUACACUAGUGGCACAACUGGUGAUCCAAAAGGUGUCCUGAUCUCCAAUCACAGCAUUCUCACUAUUGUUGCUGGGGUAAAGCGUGUUCUAGAAAGCGUAAAUGAAGCGCUGCAUGCAAAGGAUGUGUAUCUUUCUUACCUUCCUCUAGCACAUAUUUUUGACAGAGUGAUUGAGGAGUGUUUUAUAAAUCAUGGAGCCUCAAUUGGAUUUUGGCGCGGAGAUGUAAAACUGUUACUUGAAGACCUUGGUGAGUUAAAGCCUACCAUUUUUACUGCUGUUCCUCGGGUGUUGGAUAGAAUAUAUAAUGGUUUGCAGCAGAAAGUAUCAUCUGGAAGUUUAUUAAAAGGCGCUAUGUUUAAGCUAGCUUACUCCUAUAAGGAACACAGCCUGUUUCAGGGGCGUAAACACGGUGAGGCAGCACCUUUAUGUGACAAAAUUGUUUUUGGAAAGGUAAAGCAAACACUUGGUGGUAGAGUUAGAAUUAUUUUAUCAGGAGCAGCACCUCUGGCUACACACGUUGAAAGCUAUCUGAAAGUGGUAACAUGCUGUCAUGUUCUUCAAGGAUACGGGUUGACGGAAACAUGCGCUGGAUCUUUUGUGUCACUACCGAAUGCAACGGAUAUGGUUGGGACAGUAGGUCCUCCAGUGCCAAAUGUGGAUGUAUGUUUAGAAUCAAUUCCCGAAAUGGAAUACGAUGCACUUUCUACCCCACCAAGAGGAGAAGUAUGCAUGCGUGGUGACACCUUAUUCUCGGGGUACCAUAAACGUGACGAUCUUACCAAAGAGGUUAUGAUCGAUGGAUGGUUUCACACCGGGGAUAUUGGUGAAUGGCAACCAAAUGGUGCACUGAGGAUUAUUGACCGCAAAAAGAAUAUUUUCAAACUAUCACAAGGAGAAUACGUUGCGGUUGAAAACCUGGAAAAUGUGUAUGGACUUGUUACGGUUAUUGACUCGAUAUGGGUGUAUGGGAAUAGCUUUGAAUCAUUUCUGGUUGCAAUUAUCAACCCAAACCAACAAGCAUUAGAAAAAUGGGCAGCAUCAAGCAGUGUCACUGCAGAUUAUGAAUUCGUCUGCCAAAACACCAAAGCAAAAGAUUACAUUCUGACAGAGCUCAGACGGAUAGCUAAGGAGAAAAAGUUGAAAGGUUUUGAAGUUAUAAAAGAUAUUCACCUUGAUCCCGUGCCAUUUGACAUGGAGCGUGACCUUAUAACACCAACAUUCAAGAAGAAGAGGCCUCAGCUGCUAAAGUAUUAUCAAGGUGUCAUUGACGGAAUGUACAAGAAUAAUGCUAAUAAGCAGAGCUGAUAGCAUCAACCGAGUCCAUCCAAUUUCUCAAUCACUAAUAAUCAAUCCAUUAGCUUUAUUCCACUAUGCGGU